UUUACUCGUUGUCACUUUGUGUUUGUCAACACUCGUUCUGAUCAUCGCGUUUAUUAGAAUUUAUUACGACCGUUUGUAUUAUUGAGACCACUCGUGAUGCUCCGCAAUUGAUCGCGAGGUUAUUUUAAUUUGAUCGAAGUCCGAAGAUCGGUGGAUCGACGAAUUGCAGCCAUUUCUCGUCGAAUGACCAGUAUCCGCGAAGUGGCGUAGAAACUACACGCCGAAUCAAAUAUGCAGACAGAUUUGUAAUUUAGUCGCAGCUCCCCUUUUUCGUUCGGUGCUCGAUUCUUUUUUCGCGUCGCGUCCUCUACUCGCUUCCAUCAGAUAUGAAUUUUUAUCCGGUACAUUUAAUAUUUAUCAAUGUAUUUCGCCCCGUUUUUUAUUUAGAUUACUCUGUUCUUUAUCCUUUUCCUCGUCAGUCGCUUCAAUUUCGACCUAUAGAUUCGAGUAGAGUCGAGCUACCUGAAAAAUCAACGAACUUCCGUUUCACUUCGCGCAAAUCAACGAAUUAUAAGUAGAACUGUAGUGGUCCGUAGGAAAAGUUUCAAGUUGAAACGGAAAAUUCAAAACUGAGAGAUCCAUGAUAUUGUGCCUUGGAAUACUAACGAUGUUUUGAGUUACAAGAUCUAGAAGCCAAAGAACUUUGAAUAGAUUGUUAUUGCUGUUUUUUGUGGUAACGUCCAUUGAUAUAAAUGUAGGAAUAUUAUUAUCCUUUCUUCGAUUAGUAUAGUAGCAAUGACGAUUAAAACCGGCAUACACUAUCUUUACAUUUGUAUUUGUAUUUAUUUUAAUACAUCUGACUAUUAUUGUACAAAGUCCAUUCGUUUCUUUGACGAACAAGCUUACACGUUAUACACUUGAGAAUUUAUAUUUUCAUUUUCUUCUAUCGAAAGUUUGUGAUUUCAUCGUGAUGUGUGACUUCGUUUACGAUUGAUCGACAAAUCCGAGACUCAGCCAUCUCUUACAAACGAAGUAGUCCGAACGAUGGCACCGUGAGUCUCGAUCGAAUCUAAAGAAGUAACACACCCUAAGCUAAGUUCCGAGUAUGGUGUGCAUCCAUAAUCGAGAUUAGAGCGACUGAUAUUGUAUGCAAAAUUGCGGUGGCGUCAUUGAAUCCUCGUCAUGACCCGGGGCUAUGUGCAUUCACGUCGUUAUAAUAAUCGUCCAUCUCACAUUUGCCAUUCAUAACGGACCACCGUACAAUCUCGUUUUACGAUGGAGCAUCCGCGAAUGCGGUUAGUUUAAUGACGUUUGGUGUACUCACGGCUAUAUCGAAGCUUUUCCACGGGCACCCGGCGAAACUGCGAAGCAAUUCUCAAAUUCGCGGUUGAAUACGAUUGUAUUGGGAACGGUGCGGGGAGGGAGGAGGAGCAGUAUGCAUAUUCAAGGCGUAUUCAUCGCGUUAUAAUUCGAUGUCCCCUUACGGCGAUGCGUACACGUACACGAUAACUCGAUAGCGGCGGCUCUCGUCUUACGUUCGCGUCUUUCUUUCCAAUUACCGAGUUUUCGGCCGGCGAGGGGAACGAAAUGAAAAUCUCUGGCAGGUUCGCGAUAAUCCAAGGGACGAAAAAUGGGUGGCGAUUACAAUCUUAUCCUGGAGACUCGUUUCGCUUCGAAACGUUCCACUCGCGAGGUUGUCAGGAGCAGGGUAGAAUGAGAAUCUUCGCUUUGAGCUUUCGCGGAUAUUGCGACGCGGAACGACGAAAAAUAAAGGAAGGAAAAAAGAAACAAGGAGAAGAUGCGAAAGAUAUAUGGAAAAAAGGAAGGAACAGGGACCGCCGAGUGCGGAGACAUUAAAAUUCACAGUGGGAUUAUAUACGUACGAAGCUUUGCAAGAAUCAGCGCAAUAUCUGUUAGACCGUGUCAAGAUCAGGCCAAAGAUCGGUAUCAUCUGCGGUUCUGGAAUAGGAUCAACUGAACAAAACGAGUUGUGUCCAGGUUCCCUGGCAGAAUCCCUCGAGAACAAGCAGUGCUUUCCAUACGAAGAAAUCCCACAUUUUCCUGUCUCCACGGUCAAGGGUCACCAAGGACAGAUGGUGUUCGGUUAUCUGAAGGGUGUGCCGAUCAUGUGCAUGCAAGGGAGAUUUCAUUAUUACGAGGGUUAUCCACUCUGGAAGUGUGCUAUGCCAGUAAGAGUUAUGAAGCUCGUAGGCGUGACUCAUCUGAUCGCGACGAACGCCGCGGGAGGUCUAAAUCCCACAUACAAGGUUGGCGACAUUAUGAUGGUGAAGGAUCACGUGAACAUGAUGGGUUUUGCUGGGAAUAAUCCUCUUCAAGGGCCAAACGACGACAGAUUUGGGCCGAGGUUCCCGCCGAUGAACAAAGCUUACAACGCCUUCCUCUUAGAAAUCGGCGAGCAGGUAGCGGAUGAAAUGGGUAUAAAAGACAUCGUGCACAGAGGCGUGUACACGUGUCUCGGAGGACCGAAUUUCGAGACCGUGGCUGAAUUGAAAAUGUUAAGGAUGAUCGGUGUCGACGCAGUAGGCAUGUCUACGGUUCAUGAAGUGAUCACUGCCAGGCACUGCGACUUGAUCGUCUUUGCUUUCAGUUUGAUCACGAAUCAAUGCAGCACCGAUUAUGAGAAUCACGAAGAAGCGAAUCACGAAGAAGUGAUGGACGUAGGGAAAGCGAGGCAAUCAUUGCUCCAGGACUACGUGUCGCGCAUCGUGUUGCGUCUGCGGGACAUAUUGGGGCUAGAAACGAAAUGAUUCGUGUAAUUUAUAUUUCCACCGGCCGCCUUUUAGUUUAUGCUAAUCGUGUUCGUCAAUUCGUGCUUCGACGAAAAACGACGGCGAAAAAGAACGUCUCGACGCGCACGAUUUUUACGCAAAACGCUGUCAGAACGAUUCUUUCUAUCGACAAUCCGACAUUAGAGGAGUGCAAGAAUUUGCGAGCGCAAAGAAACGCGUGUUAGGUACGUAGAAAUUAAUAGGGACCACCUUAUGAGUGUCACGAGGAGAAUAUUGGAACAUUCUUUUUUUAUACUGCUCGUUAAACUUCUACUUGCCUGAAUAUAUUCCAGGUGAAAAGAGAGUUCGGAUGUUUGUAUCGAGCCGCGCGAUGUCAACAGUUUAUGACGAUUAGUUAUGUGUAUGGAAACUUUGGACAAAGGUUUUAGUCAUAGAACGAACGAUCGAUUAGAUUUUCCUUCCCGUUUUCUCAACGCAAUAUCGCGAAUCGACGAUAAACAGUGGGUAAAUAAGAUCGAAUUAAAUGAAAUCAGUAUUCAGCAGUAUUUCACCGAGCGAACAAGCGGCCAUUUAUCUACGAAGAAUCAGCUUAUCAGUGUACCGUUGAAAAGGAUUUGCGUUUAACUGCGUUCUCUUUAAUUAUACUUUCGUCUCAGCAGUCAAAGGAUAAGCAUAUCUAUGUACACGCGCGUAUUGAAAAUCUGCUUGAAUUAGAGAACCACGGGUCGCUUGGCAGUCGUGCGUCUCUGAUCUCGAUUGAUUCGUUACACGUCUUGAGAGAGCUUCUUUUGCUUUAAAAAGAGGGAACGGUUUAAGGGUUGGGAAGGUCGGUAGAUGCUACCUCCUCCCCGCCGCGACAGCUUCGUCGAUUUUCCUCCCUCGCUUCGUUACCUUCAUCUCGUUUCCGUGCUUUUCCAUCGCUAAUGCAUCGGUGUUCGGCUUCGAUAAAUCUCGAGCGGCGAAGACCAUACUGCCGCGGCCCUUUUCCUCUCUUCGUUUUCCGCCAUAGUUGCUCCAUUCGUAUUACCUUCUACGAUGAAAUUAUGACACGACGUCGCACGGUGGAAAAAGUCACGGGUUUCGAAGAUUCAGUCUCUCCGAUCGUCUCCAGAAUUGGAAAGUAUUUGUCUCUCGCCGAGACGAACUGGAAGAGUAUUUUCGUCGCGUAGUUAACGCAUCGAAUAUUUAUAUCCUUUUGAAAAAUGUCUCCCUCUUUUUUAUGACGAAGAAAGGGAAAAAGAUUAUUAUUCGAUCUUGCGAGCGCUUAUGUCGCCAUGGCGAAAUAAAAUCACGUCACUCCCGCGAUUUAAUAAAAAGCACGCGACCAGGCCGGGAAAUGUUUACGCGUUUAUUUCCUGAUUUUAUUGAAAGCUUGUUUAAUAACUGCGCAUCGAGGUGGAACACUGUCUGACAUACAUUUAGCGGAAUUAAUAUGCACGCGUAUGGAACGUACGAAUCGAAUAAUUUUCUAGACCGUUCUUGUGCAAUUUCGAUCGCUGAUUUUCCACUAAACAUGUAAUACUGCAACGAUGCUUCAGGGGAGAAGGGAAAAUUGCAAUUACACGUCUCGAAGCUGGAUACGAAACGUGAGGAGAAGCAAUCGAAGAUACAGCGAUGGAGAUCUCUCUUUUUGCUUUCCGCUCGCUCUUGUAACACGUAACUUUGACAAAUACACCAGGUUUCUCUGAA